AUGGACGACUCGGAGGUGGAGUCGCCCGCCAGCAUCCUGGCCUCCGUGAAGGAGCAGGAGGCGCAGUUUGAGAAGCUGACCCGGGCGCUGGAGGAGGAGCGGCGCCACGUCUCGGCGCAGCUGGAGCGCGUCCGCGUCUCCCCGCAGGACGCCAGCCCGCUCCUGGCCAACGGCACGCUCACCCGCCGGCACCAGAACGGCCGCUUUGUGGGCGAUGCUGACCUUGAGCGACAGAAAUUUUCAGAUCUAAACCUCAACGGACCCCAGGAUCACAGCCAUCUUCUGUACAGCACUAUCCCCAGGAUGCAGGAGCCGGGGCAGAUUGUAGAGACCUACACGGAAGAGGACCCUGAGGGCGCCAUGUCUGUUGUCUCCGUGGAGACCUCGGAUGAUGGAACCACUCGGCGCACGGAGACCACAGUCAAGAAAGUGGUGAAGACCGUGACGACGCGGACGGUGCAGCCAGUCCCUAUGGGGCCCGAUGGGCUGCCUGUAGAUGCCUCGUCGCUGUCGAACAGCUACAUCCAGACUCUGGGCCGUGACUUCCGCAAGAACGGCAACGGGGGUCCUGGUCCCUACGUGGGGCAAGCAGGCACGGCCACCCUCCCCAGGAACUUCCACUACCCGCCCGACGGAUACAGCCGCCACUAUGAGGACGGGUAUCCCGGGAGCGGCGACAACUACGGCAGCCUGUCGCGGGUGACCCGCAUCGAGGAGCGGUACAGGCCCAGCAUGGAAGGCUACCGGGUGCCCAGCCGGCAGGACGUCUACGGGCCGCAGCCCCAGGUCCGGGUGGGCGGGAGCAGCGUGGAUCUGCACCGCUUUCAUCCGGAGCCCUACGGGCUGGAGGACGACCAGCGGAGCAUGGGCUACGACGACGUGGACUACGGCAUGGCGUCUGACUACGGCGCGGGCCGGCGGGCGGGCACGCCCUCUGACCCGCGGCGGCGCCUCAGGAGCUAUGAAGACAUGAUCGGUGAGGAGGUGCCCUCAGACCAGUACUACUGGGCUCCUCUGGCCCAGCACGAACGGGGGAGUCUGGCCAGCCUGGACAGCCUGCGCAAGGGCGGGCCCCCGCCCCCCAGCUGGAGGCAGCCGGAGCUGCCGGAGGUGAUUGCCAUGCUGGGCUACCGCCUGGACGCGGUCAAGUCCAACGCAGCGGCCUACCUGCAGCACUUGUGCUUCCGCAACGACAAGGUGAAGACCGACGUCCGGAGGCUCAAGGGCAUCCCCGUGCUGGUGGGGCUCUUAGGCCACCCCAAAAAGGAAGUGCACCUCGGAGCCUGCGGCGCGCUCAAGAAUCUCUCUUUUGGGCGCGACCAGGAUAACAAGAUUGCUAUAAAAAACUGUGAUGGUGUCCCUGCUCUCGUGCGCUUGCUCCGAAAGGCUCGUGACAUGGACCUCACUGAAGUCAUUACUGGAACCCUGUGGAAUCUCUCAUCCCAUGACUCCAUAAAAAUGGAGAUUGUGGACCACGCGCUGCAUGCCUUGACGGAUGAAGUGAUCAUUCCGCAUUCAGGCUGGGAGCGGGAACCUGGCGAAGACUGUAAGCCACGCCACAUUGAGUGGGAGUCUGUGCUCACGAACACAGCCGGCUGCCUCAGGAAUGUCAGCUCGGAGAGGAGUGAAGCACGCCGGAAACUUCGGGAGUGUGAUGGGUUGGUGGAUGCUCUCAUUUUCAUUGUCCAGGCUGAGAUUGGACAGAAAGAUUCGGAUAGCAAGCUUGUGGAGAACUGUGUUUGCCUCCUUCGGAACCUGUCGUAUCAAGUUCACCGGGAGAUCCCACAAGCAGAGCGUUACCAGGAGGCACCUCCCAACGUCGCCAACAAUACUGGGCCGCACGCUGCCAGCUGCUUUGGGGCCAAAAAAGGCAAAGAUGAGUGGUUCUCCAGAGGGAAAAAACCCACAGAGGAGCCAACAAAUGAUACAGUGGAUUUCCCUAAAAGAACUAGUCCUGCUCGAGGCUAUGAGCUGUUAUUCCAGCCAGAGGUGGUUCGGAUAUACAUAUCACUUCUCAAAGAGAGCAAGAAUCCUGCCAUCCUAGAAGCGUCAGCCGGGGCCAUCCAGAACUUGUGUGCUGGGCGCUGGACGUAUGGUCGAUACAUCCGCUCAGCUCUGCGUCAAGAGAAAGCUCUUUCCGCCAUUGCUGACCUCUUGACCAAUGAACAUGAGAGGGUUGUGAGAGCUGCAUCUGGAGCCCUGAGAAACCUGGCUGUAGAUGCUCGCAACAAAGAAUUAAUCGGUAAACAUGCCAUCCCCAACUUGGUCAGGAACCUGCCAGGAGGGCAGCAGAGCUCCUCCCAGAACUUCUCCGAGGACACGGUGGUCUCCCUUCUGAACACCGUCAACGAGGUUAUCGCUGAGAACCUGGAGGCUGCGAAAAAGCUCCGGGAGACCCAGGGUAUCGAGAAGCUGGUUUUGAUCAACAAAUCAGGGAACCGUUCAGAAAAAGAAGUUCGAGCAGCCGCGCUUGUAUUACAGACAAUCUGGGGAUAUAAGGAACUGCGGAAGCCACUGGAAAAAGAAGGAUGGAAGAAAUCAGACUUUCAGGUGAAUCUGAACAAUGCUUCUCGAAGCCAGAGCAGUCACUCCUAUGAUGACAGCACUCUCCCUCUCAUUGACCGGAGCCAGAAGUCAGAUAAGAAACCUGAUCGGGAAGAAAUUCAGAUGAGCAGUAUGGGAUCAAACACGAAAUCAUUAGAUAACAGCUAUUCCACGCUGAAUGAGAGAGGGGACCACAGCAGAACACUGGAUCGAUCCGCAGAUCUGGGCGAGACGGAGCCGCUGAAGGGGGCGCCCCUGAUGCAGGACGAGGGGCAGGAACCUCUGGAGGAAGAGUUGGAUGUGUUGUUUGUGGAUGAUGAGGGGUACCCCAUGUCUCACCCCCCCAUGCAGAAGAUUUAG